UACAAUUAAGUGCAAAAUUUAAAAAGAUACGGUGAUCUCAUUCGCAAUUGCUAAUAUGGCGACAUAUAUAAUAUAAAUAUAUACUCUAUACGCUUACCCAUUUACCCGUAUAUUCCGUUCAUGUUUUUGAUAUUUCAAACCCUUCACCGACUCUGUUUCUUCACUUGGCUUGGCUCGGCUCUGCAACAACAACUGUUUUCAUCUGAAACAGUUCGAGGUCUUUCAUUAUUACUCCAUCAUACAAGAUUCUGCAAGAGUUACAUUCGCCCUUGCUGCACUCCUGCGUUCUUCAUUCCAUCGCCUUGUCAGGAUGAUUUUGUGUUACUGCAGCUGUAAGGACGAUUUUUAACCAACUGAAGUAGACAUUGUGGUACUUAUUUCGUGUUGCUACAAUAUGGCAGAUCAGAGCCUUACAUACUCACUAGAUGAAGCACUUUCUACGAUUGGUUUUGGGAAAUUCCAGGGACUUGUCUUUGCUUAUGCUGGACUGGGUUGGAUUGCAGAAGCAAUGGAAAUAAUGAUUCUCUCCUUUAUAGGGCCAGCAGUUCAGUCUGAGUGGGGACUCUCCUCUACUGAAGAGAGCAUGGUAUCAACUGUUGUUUUUGCUGGCAUGCUAGUUGGAGCAUAUACAAUUGGCCUCAUAUCAGAUACCUACGGAAGGAAGAAGGGUUUCCUUGGUAUAGCCAUAGUGAAUACUGUAGCUGGGUUUUUAAGUGCUUUCUCGCCAAGUUAUAUAUGGUUGGUGAUUCUUCGUUGUUUGGUUGGUACUGGUUUGGGAGGUGGGCAUGUGUUCCUGACAUGGUUUCUAGAGUUUGUUCCUACUCCAAACAGAGGCACUUGGAUGGUUACCUUUUCAGCUUUCUGGACGAUUGGAACAAUUUUUGAGGCUUCACUUGCUUGGAUUGUCAUGCCAAGAUUGGGUUGGAGGUGGCUACUUGCACUGUCUUCUGCACCAUCUUUUGCUUUGCUUCUAUUCUAUGGUCUUACACUAGAAUCUCCAAGGUAUCUAUAUAUGAAAGGCAGAACAGCUGAAGCACAGGAUGUACUGAAGAAGGUUGCGCUGAUGAACCGAACAAAUCUCCCUCCCGGCAAUCUUGGUUCUGAUCAAUUAACUAAGCCAGAGGAAGAAUCUGGCCUAUUGGAAGACACUCAUUUCCUCUCUUCAACAAGAAAGGAAAUCAAGGAUUCCAAAACACGCCCCUCUUCAUUGUUUCAGCUUUUUUCAAAAAAAUUAAUUACCACCACCCUUCUCCUGUGGUUAAUAUACUUUGGCCAUACAUUUUCAUAUUAUGGCGUUAUAUUGCUUACCUCCGAGCUGAGCAGUGGGAAAAGUAAAUGUAGCUCAAUUGCUUUGCCUUCAGAAACUAUGCAAAAUUCUAGCCUCUACUUAGAUGUGUUUGUCACUACUUUUGCAGAGUUUCCUGGGCUUAUUUUAUCAGCCAUACUCGUCGAUAGGAUAGGCCGCAAAUUUUCCAUAGAAAUAAUGCUUGUGUUAGGUUUUAUUUUACUCCUGCCACUGGUUUCCCGUCAACAUGAGACAUUGACAACAACUUUGUUGUUUGGAGCUCGCAUGUUCAUUUCAACGGCUUUCAGAGUUGUCUCUGUUUAUGCUGCUGAGGCAUAUCCUACUUCUGUGAGGGCAACCGGGGUCGGAACUGCGACAGCUAUAGGAAGGAUUGGGGGCAUGAUAUGUCCUCUUGUAGCUGUUGGAUUGGUGAGUGGUUGCCAUCAAACAGCUGCUGUUACUUUGUUCGAAGUUGUAAUAGUCCUUUCAGGACUCUCUGUUCUGUUCUUCCCAUUAGAGACCAAGGGAAGGGAAUUGAUUGACACAGUAUCUAAUUCAGAAUGAGUUAUUGUAAUGUGCUGAGAAGGUUUUGCUCUUCAUCAUUGUAUAAAGGAAAGAAUGCUGAGAAGGUUUUGCUCUUCACCAUUGUAUGAGUUAUCAACCUUUCUACCAUUGUCCAUAAUAUAAUAAUAAUUCACAGUGACUUCUUUUUACUA